AACCACUGGCAAACAGUAGAAACCACAGCUCGCCGUCUCUCAUCUUUCAGGUCCCGGCUGAUUCAUUUCUCAUUCUCUUCCGUGUUCUGUUGCUGACUGCUUAUCGUCGUCGUAAUAUUUUAAAAAAUACGUACGAAGAAGUAAGUAGAUCAAGCGGAACUGCUCAAGAAGGAAUAGAAAUGGACGCGAGAAAGAAACGGAUCGUACUCGGGAUUUUGGAGUUCUUGGGGGAGGAGUAUAAUCUCGCAUCGACAAGUACGGAUGCAAAGGAGAGUUUGGAAGUCGCCUUGCAAUGCUUGGAGACAGCAUUUAGCAUUGGAAGUCAGGAUCGGCAGCAAUCUCCAGGUCACAAGACACUGCGACAGUUGUAUGACGAGGCGGAUGGGGCUCGCGGUGGUGGCGAUACGCCGGCGAAUGACACCAUGUAUUUGGGUAUCGACAUUGGGCCAGAGUACCCUCUUCCAGCAGAGGCCACGGAAGAGCAGAAGGCUCAAGCUGAAGAGUUCAAGACUCGUGGAAAUGAUGCCAUGAAGAACAGUAAUUACAGCGAUGCCAUGGGGAAUUACAACAGGGCUGUUGAGCUGGAUGGGCGAAACUCUGUCUAUUUUUGCAACCGUGCUGCUGCUGCAAUGAAAUUAGAACAAUUUGACCAAUCUUUAAGGGAUUGCCAAAUUGCGAUUCGUCUCCAGCCAAAGUAUGCUCGUGCGUAUGGAAGAAUGGGUGUGACUUACUCAAGUCGAAAUAUGCAUAUCGAGGCUAUCAUGUGCUAUAAGAAGGCUUUAGCUUUGGAACCCAACAACGAGAGUUAUAUGACUAAUUUGCGUUAUUCUCAAUCCAUGAUCGCACAACAAGCAACACAGACUGAGGCUGCGGCAGCUGAACCUAACAAUCCUAUGGGCGGAUUAGAGAGCAUGAUGAGGAAUCCGAACCUUGUGAAUAUGGCUUCUCAAAUGCUUCGAGAUCCGGCUAUGAACAAUAUGAUUCAAAAUUUGAUGGGAGGUCUGAUGAAUCCAAACUCAGCCGCAGCCCCACAACAGCAGCAACAACAACCAACUGAGGCUGCUGCUCCACCACAAAUGCCUGGAUUACAGGAUUUGAUGAUGAUGGGACAGCAGAUUGCUAAUACAAUUCGUGCCAAUAACCCACAACUUGCUGACGAGUUGAACUUAAAUAUUGGAAAUCCACCCAAUUCUCGCAAUCCAGAUAACCACGAUAACGCUCCAGAGUCAUGAAUAUAUUAACAGUUCUCUAUACCUAAGUGCAUACAUAAUGAAUAUGUUCGUAUAAAUAUAAAUAUAAUGUCCAAACUUAAAAUUGUCUAAGUCUAAUAUUCAAUGAGAUUGAACCGUUUUUGCUAAGUUUAUCUCAACAGCAUGGAUCAGAUCAGUCAUGACUCGUCAAUCAGCCUAAUUUGAUAAGAAAACCUUUAUUAUCCGAAUGUCUCUUACGAUAUUACGAUUAAAAAUGUCAUCUCAUUA